CCUUCCUGAGAAGCAGUCACCCGGCUGUUGCAUUUUCGGUUAUCCAUUGGUCUUGUCUGGACCGUGAAGUCGCGGGAGAGUUUGGACAAAAAUGGUGGAUAAAUAAAGAGUUCACUAAGGCCGUUUAAAAAAAAUAUCAAUUUACGGUCUGCUUAACAGGGUGGCGCUCCCGUAGACACCAAUGCGAUAGCAGCUGGGCCUGGUCUGCUUUGUUCAUUGAUUAAACCAGAAAAAACAGCGACUGGAUUGGAAUCCUUCCUGCCCCCACAAAAAACGUGAUUAGCUAGCAUAUUGACGCCGAUAAAUACAGAAACAAAUGGCUUUGAAUGCUAACUGUCAAAAGGUGACCGUUAGGAUCGCGUGACAAGAAUGGAGGAUAAUUUGGAGCGCGUGCUCCAUUGCGAUGACAAGGAGGAGUUGAGGCGGAAACUGGCCCUGCUACAGAGGGAGUACUCCAGGACAGUUCAGAGAUUACAGCGAGCUGAGCGGUCAGAUGCCGUGCGGAAGCAUGUGAGGAGUCGGAUCUCUGAGCAGAACCUCCAGGACCAGACAGACCCAGUCCCAGCCAGCACCUUUCCCAACCCAGCUCUACCCUCCCUCUCCCCUGGUAGCCCUGCUAGGACAGCCCCAGGUUCGGCCUCACCACCAGGCCCCGCUGGAGACUCGACUAUGGCGGCAUCGUGUCCAGUGGAAUCUGAGAACCCCAGGCGGAGGAGUCCGUCCAUCCGCUUCCUCCUCCCCGUCGAUGACUCUUGCCCUCGGACACCUGACCUUAACCCUCACAGACGAAGCCACUCCCUCCGGCUAAGGUCACGGAGAAGCCGGUUGCGCUGGGAGCGGACGGGGAGGGUCCAGGGCGGCGAGGGGGCAGGGGGGAUGUACGACACGGAGACCAGCGAGGAUGGGCUGGAGCUGGACGCACGGACAGAUAAAGAAGAGGACGGAGAGAAGAGAAAUAUGGAGGAAGAGAAGGAGGGUGAGAGGGAGGAGAAUGAGAGGGACACUCCAGAUAAAGAGGCACUGAAACAGAGAGAUGGAGAGGAGAGAAAAGAACAGAGGACAUAUGGACAGAAGGAGAUGGAGAAGGAAGGGGUGAACCUGAGGAGAGAUGGAGAGCAUGAGAGAGAAGAGGGUGGUGAUUCAGGAGCUGUGGGAGUCUCUGUGUUAGGGGCUGUUGGGUUGUGUAACACUGGGGGGGUCCUGGACUCGUGCACUCUGGUGGAAGGUCUGCCGUUCCCUGUAGAAUACUACAUCAGAACCACGAGACGCAUGGCCUCUUCACAGAGCCACAGAGACCUGCAGGCCGUCAUUCUGAACCAACUCAACAGGGGGCGCCACAGAAGGAGCAGGGGCCAGAUGUCUGACACACACUCACUCUCAACUUCACACUCCGACUCACUAGCACAACCCUCCAAUCACCGCCAGUGCUCAAGUCAACUGACCUCAAACUCACCGACCAAUCGCACACCGGUCGAGGAGCCAUCAGCCAAUCAGAUGCUUACCGCUGAGUCAGGGGCCAAUCAGAGUGAGCGUUUACCUUCCAGAGCCUGCAGUGUUCGGCCUAUCAGAGGCCGGAGGAGGAGAGGAAGGAAGCCGAGACUGGGCCGCUCUCUAAGUUUGGACUCGGAUCCUCCAGCACCAGGCCCAGACAACACCCAGACCCCGGCCGCUAUUAGCCCAGCCUCACAGCCUCUCCCUGGGGGUGGAUGUCUGGAGCGCUGGCCUCUUUCUGGAGGUGUGGAGGAACAGCUUUAUCCCAUCUUCAGAAGGAGCUGUGUCUCUCCCCUCAUUCACACAUCAAAGCAGAGCAAAGAGAGUGUGUGGUCUCUCCUCCUGCCCUCCUCCCUCUCCCCUGGAGGACCAGCAGUGCACCCUGGGAGUCUGGGCCGCGUCAUCUCAACCUUUGACCUCCGGGAUUUCCAUCUCCCCGACGACCAGUUCGGACAGCUAAAGCUCCAGAAGCUUCGCGCCUCGUCUGCCGUUGCCGUCCCAGAACUGGAAUCCUUCUCACCUUACAACAUGCGUCGUCGCCGCAGCAGAGGCUCGGUCCACGGUCUCCACGGCGACACAGGCGGUCAGACAUCUCAAGCGCCUACGCCUGAGCCCCUCCCUCUCAGCCUCACCCCUCCUAUCACAGACUGCGUCACUCCGGUAGAACAGUCUAUAGACAUAUCUAUAGGCCAGCAUCUUAUAGACCACCCUAUAGGCCAGCAGUCUACAGACUCACUAGACCAUUCUACAGACCUCCAUUCAGUUUGCCAGUUUACAGACCACCUUGUAGACCAGCCUACUGGCCAUCAAUCUACAGACCACCAUGUAGACCAGCCUACUGGCCAUCAGUCUAUAGACCACCUUGUAGACCAGCCUACUGGCCAUCAGUCUACAGACCACCUUGUAGACCAGCCUACUGGCCAUCAGUCUACAGACCAUCUUGUAGACCAGCCUACUGGCCAUCAGUUUACAGACCACCUUGUAGACCAGCCUACUGGCCAUCAGUCUACAGACAACCCUGUAGACCAGCCUACUGGCCAUCAGUCUACAGACCACCCCGUAGACCAGCCUAUAGGCCAUCAGUCUACAGACAACCCUGUAGACCAGCAUACUGGCCAUCAGUCUACAGACCACCCCGUAGACCAGCCUAUAGGCCAUCAGUCUACAGACCAUCCUGUUGACCAGCUUAUAGGCCAUCAGCUUACCGUUUUAGUAUGCCAGUCUAUAGACUUUCCUUCAGUAGACCAGCAGACAGGCCGACUCACUACUGAGUGCCCUUCCCUUCAAACUGAAACAGUGACCGAGUGCCCUCCCGAGUGUCCGUCCUUCCACACAAAGACUAAGUGCCUUUCUCCGUGCCCUACGGAGUUCUCUGUCGAGUGCCUAACCAAAUGUCCUUCCGUGUGCAUUACUGAGUGCCCUUCCCUCCGGACGGAGACAGAUGCAGGGUGUGCUGUCCCCCCCAGCCCCUCCCUGCUCCUCCUUAGCCCCUCCCUAACCAGCCACACCCGUCACGGACACACCCACUCCCUUCCCCUCUCCUCCAGUCCCCCCUUACCUUCCUUAGGGAUGAGCCCUAACCCCUUGACCACUAACCCCAACAUACCCCUCUCCCUCCCUGACAGCCCCCCAUUACGUUCUUUAGAGGCGGUGACUCACAUCCUCUCCUGCCCUCCCUGCCCCUCUUCUCUGCCCCUCUCCUGCCCUCCCUGCCCCUCCUCUCUGCCCCUCUCCUGCCCUCCCUUCCCCCCCACUCUGCCCCUCCCCCUCUCCUGCUCUCCCUGCCCCCCCACCCUGACCCUCCCCUUCCCCUCUAGUCCCUCCACCCAAGCCCUCUCUCCUCCCUCCCUCUCUCCCUGCCCCUCUCCAGCCAUCCCGCUCUCCUCCUCCCCUCCCUCCCUCGCUCUCUGCCACCCCAGCCUGGUUGAUUCCCUGCCCCAACUUUUGCUCCCUCCCACUCCUCUACUACUGCCUCAGUCUCUCCCUCCAACCCCAAAUACACCCUCUCCAUCGCCCCCUACCCAGCUUCUUCGCCAGCCAGCUCCCUCUCUCCACUCAACCAGACAGGCCACCGAGGAGAGAGGAGAGGGAGAGGAGGAGAGAGCAUGGAGGAAGAAAGAGGAGAAGAGGAGGGAAGGGAUGACAGAGGAGGGUGUCUUAAAGCUCUCUCACACACUGAAGGCCCCUGCAGGAGGCAGCCUGGUGGAUGUGUGCUGUGUGUCGUGGCUGUCAGUAGGUGUAUGUGUAGCGGUUGCAGGAGAGUGGGAGGUGUGUGUUUGGGGUCAGACCAACCCCCCACACUGGAGACGACUGCACACCUGGACCUUCAUAGAAUCAGUGAUGUCAGUGUUUCCUGUGCCGGACGCUCCUGGGCUUCUGUGUGUGACUCUGGGCCAUCUGGAAAUCAGAGAGGCCAGGGUACUGUGCUGCUCCAGUCUGUCCCAGGCGGUGCUGUGUGAGGGGGAGGUCCAGAUGGUGUUGGGCAUGUCCAACCGAAGGCUUGUUAGCUCCUCCUACUCUGUAGCCACAACCCCGCUGCAGGUCUACACACUCACACAGGAUGGCAGGCUGCAGGCCUGCCUGUCUUUGGUCUGUCCUACUGAGCGCGUGCGGACCGUGGCGGCGGUGGAGGGACAGACUGACGCUCUGAUUGGCUCAACCCACGGCGGACAUGUUGUUCUGUGGAACGUGGCGACGGGGCAGCUGCUGCGGAGCAUCACUCUGGGAGAUGGUUUCACGGAUACGACCUGCCUCCGAGGAUACUCCCUCUGCGGGGUGCUGUUUGUCCUGUUGCAACACCCGUCCCUGUGUGCUGUGGAGGAGGAAGAGGGAGGGGCUCUGUUCUCGCUGGUCGCCACCAACCCUCUGACUGGCACCGUCGCCCUGGCAACCAGACUAGGCCUCCCCAAAGCCUGCACUGGGAGGCUGGUGGAGGUUGAUGUCCAUGGCUCCAGUGUGGUUGGGGUUUUCCGGUCCGGCUCCGUGUGUGUGUGGCAGCUUGGGGGGCGUCAGGGCCAGCAGGGGGUCUGGUUCCCAGAGCUGGGGUGUCAGCUCGCCCGUUGGGGGGCGCAGGGAACUGUCCUGACGGCACACCUCAAUGGAGACGUCUGCUUACACAGCUACAGACCACUCUGAUCUACUACAGACCACUCUGAUCUACUACAGACCACUCUGAUCUACUACAGACCACUCUGAUCUACUACAGACCACUCUGAUCUACUACAGACCACUCUGAUCUACUACAGACCACUCUGAUCUACUACAGACCACUCUGAUCUACUACAGACCACUCUGAUCUACUACAGACCACUCUGAUCUACUAUAGACCACUCUGAACAACUACAGACCACUAUAGAACACUCUGAACAACUACAGACCACUCUGAACUACUAGAGACAACUAUAGACCACUCUGAACUACUAGAGACCACUAUAGACCACUCUGAACCACUAUAGACCACUCUGAACCACUAUAGACCACUCUGAACAACUACAGACCACUAUAGACCACUCUGAACUACUAUAGACCACUCUGAACAACUACAGACCACUCUGAACUACUAGAGACCACUAUAGACCACUCUGAACAACUACAGACCACAAUAGACCACUCAUCCACUAUAGACCACUCUGAACAACUACAGACCACUAUAGACCACUCUGAACAACUACAGACCACUAUAGACCACUCUGAACAACUAUAGACCACUCUGAACUACUAGAGACCACUAUAGACCACUCUGAACAACUACAGACCACUAUAGACCACUCUGAACAACUACAGACCACUAUAGACCACUCUGAACAACUACAGACCACUAUAGACCACUCUGAACUACUGUUAUACAUGCCAGAGAGUCAUGUUUGUUCUACCAAACACAUUUCUAUCUGAAGGUUGUCCAACGUGUCCUGCUGAAUGCAGCCCAGAAGGGAAUACUACAUAGCAGGAUCAAUGAGUUUGCGCUCUAACUUUGAUAAGCAACCAGAAAUAACUAUUGAUUUUCUGGUUCAUUAAGAAAGCUAAACUUAGAUAUGUGUUUUUGUUUGUUUUAUUAUACCAUGCACUUUAUAUAUUUCUAUAAAACAAGUUAUUUCAGAAUGUUUAGGCAAGUUAGCUGGAUAACACAUUGAUCUUGCUUUGUAGUAAACACCUGCAACCGUGACCUCUCUGGUGCUGAAUCACAUUUUGAUUCUGAUUCUUCUGAAUCACAUUCUACCACAUCCAAAUGACGUGGUUCAACUGUCUGGUUCCUUAGUCUGUUCCAUAUGUACCU